UUGACUGAGAUGGACAGUUCUCGCUCGUUAUUGAACGUUCUUGGUUUGAAGCGCGAGUAAAGUUGCUCAAAAAGGGCAAAAGAUUCUGGAUGGAAAUUACUAGAAUUGCAUGUCAUCAAAUUCAGUAUUCAAGGAGAGAGUCGACCUUCCUAUUAAAUAACAAAGUUCUUAGCAAGCAGGUCAUAGAUCAUGAUGGAUGACUUCUUCAAAUGUCACGUUCUCCUUACGUUACGCCCCAUUUCUACCACAUCAGAGUGAAUAAUACUUAAGAAAAUGCCCAGAAUCUUAGAUGUGCACCGUAAAGGUCACACCAACUCGAUCUUGAGUCUGAGUGAAGGACUGAUUAUCUUAUUUGUGGCUUCAAGUGUUCUCGUCCUUGGUGCACUUUGUAAAUAUCUUGGGAAAUUAUGCCGCAAGCUUUGGAAAAAACCGCGAUGGAAGAGGAAAUCAAAGAGGAGACAUUCAAAACGCGUAGAACAAAGUAAAGGAAGCGCGCCUGUCAAACGCUCCGGAUCCUUUAAAUCCGGAGAGGGUGUAGUUGUGUCACCGCAGUUUACUAUUCCGUCGUCCCACAGCUGUUUGAUACAGCAGCCAUACCCAGAUCUCUCGCAAGGCAGGACGGGAAAGACCAAUGAGGACAAACGCCUCUCGUUGGUAUCUUUUUAUCUCAGAGAAGAAGAAAUUGGCAAACUGAAUCCCCAAUUGUACCAGAACUACGAGAGAACGGUGCGGAUAGGCAUGGACAAAGAACUUGGGCAACUGAAUUUAAUCCUCAAAUACAAAGGGAAAAGCAGGAAUCUCUCUAUCACGCUGGUCAGCGGUAAAGGCUUUCCACCACGUGACUUCUCUGGUAGUAUCGACACUUGCGUGACAAUUUGUGUCCUCCCGAAUCGUGAACGGCGGAAGCAAACAGCAAUUCAUAGGCGAUCUAUGAACCCUCAGUACAACGAAAAUUUUGUUUUCAAUAUUCAAGUUGGUGAAGACAUUUAUGCACAUAGCCUUCUACUAACCACGUACUUUUAUGAUAGUUUUUCUCACGCCCAUGUUUUGGGUCAGUGUUAGGUGCCUCUCAUAUAUUGUGACUUUUCAAGUGAAACCAUUGUGUGGUGUUAUCUAGACCAUCCUUGUGGUUCGUACACCACCUUGGUGGGGGCAUUGCAGAGCCUUGUGACUUCAGAGUGUGGUGAUCUGCUGCUGUCUCUGUGUUACGUCUCUAAGGACCAGACUCUCACGGUUGCCAUAAUGAAGGUUGUAAACCUAGCUGAAGGACGUCUGUCAUCUGUUGAGAAAUUAUACACUAAAGCAACUCUCCUUCACGACAAUAAAAAAAUUGCUAAGAGGAAAACAAGUUUGCAGGAAAUCGGUGAUAUUCACACGGUUUUUAAUGAAGCUCUGUUGUUCCGUAUCCCUGGAGAGAAGCUUAUCAGUUGCACAUUGAAAAUCUCCGUCAACCAUUACAACGUCAUGGGUAAAAGUUCCAGCCUCGGUGAGGUCACCUUCAGCGCGGAGUCGACUGGACUCGAAGAUGCGCAUUGGACCAGCGUGACUUCAAAAUACGACAAACCGGUUACGAUGUGGCACACGCUUCGAGGAUUCAAGUUUAUGGAGACUAGUAGAGAGGACAGAGAACCUCUCUCGCCGAAUUAAGCAACAAAGAAAAGAUAUUUAGCUAAGCUCGAUUUGAGAUCUCUCUUUCAGUGGACAAAUUGUUUACUAAAAAUCUGUUUUAAGUCAGCACGUGGCUCAAAAGUUAAAAGCGAUGGCAAUGAUAUUGUACGAUUAAGUCAAGAAACAAGUAGUUGUUCAUGUAGUGGUUUAGAUCUCUGAGCAACCAAUUACGUAAGUGCUUCUCAAAAAGCGCCUAAGCGCGCGCAUGCUCUUCUUCGUAGGAAUACGCGAUAACUAUCACUAAAUUAUAGGGUCCUUUUACGGACAAACAUUUUUAUUUAGAAUGAGAGAUCUUGUUUAGGUGUUUUAGCAAUUCUUUUAGCCAGGUAUUGUUAAAAAUUUGUUACAAAAAAAGGUUAGAGGACAAUGCGAAGCGGCCGUGGCUUAAGAUUUUUUAUCAAAUGCACAGUACGUUUUCAAAAUAACAUGAUAGACUUUCAUAGAAUCUCCUUGCAGACGUUUUUAUAUAAUAAGAAGAAUCAUCUAAAUACAACCACCUAGUCCAGCUUUAAAAAUGCCGAUUUUGAUAUAAUGCGCGCUGACAUUGCUUUCAGUCAAGUUGAGAAAAAAUGAAUAAUUAAAAAAUAAGAACAUAAAUAGACAUUGACAUGAAUAUCUGGGAGGCUUAGAGUUUUGAUGAGGUGGUAAAAGCCUAGUCUGGUAUAAGAGUUGAGUUUGCAAAUGUGCUGUACCGUGCGUGUAGAAUAGACCCUCCUUAACACUGAAACAAUUCUAAAUCAGCUUCAUGGAGUGUAAAUAUUUACUUCAGCCUUCCCCUUUAGACAGUCUCGCCAGUUUGAGUGGUUUAAUUUCCGAAUAAACUUCUCUUUUUUAUA